UUCUCAGGUCGUCCGGGAACAGAUUACCCGAUCCUGGCCGCCGUCCCGUAUACCAACUUCUACUGUGACGAGCAACCCUAUCCGGGCUUCUUCGCCGACAUGGAAACCCGAUGCCAAGGUUGGCACUACUGCGACAUCGACGGACGGCAGGCAACCUUCCUGUGCCCCAACGGGACCCAGUUUUCGCAGGCCGUGUUCGUGUGCGACUGGUGGUUCAACGUACGGUGCGACCUAUCGCCCCGGUUAUACGCCAUCAACGCCCGGCUCUAUCAGCGCCCCAAGGUCAAUCCUACCCGGAAGCAUCGCGUCAUCACCAAACAGCUGGUCGAAGACAUCUUCAACAAAUAAAAAGUUCCUUUCGUGUUUCGUGCCUGAAAUAUUCGGUGAGGAUGAGAGAAGAUUGCUGCCUGCCGAGUGCCGGAUGUGGUUGAGAGUGUGAUGUGUCGUGUUUGAGGGAGCUGUUGGUAGUUGGUAGAGUAUUGUUACAUUUUAGUCGCUUCCGUUUAGGGGUAACGUAAUUGAAACGACGAACCUUUCGGAAAGUGGGAAAAGUCCACAUGUGCGAGCGAUGAAGCAUUCGAAACGACCCUUUUCUUUAAAUUAAAUAAUUUUAAUCCCGUCGGAAUAGUAAAAACGAAAAAUCAAGAACCUGGAUCCUGGUUUUGGUCCGGGGAUGGCAGUCUGGUGUAUUUAUGCAAGAGUCCUACUGACUUUUGAAUCCUACAGCAAUGGGAGUGCAUCGCGUAGAGAAAUGUUUCCACUCUCUGUCCUAACUUCAGAGUUAUAAUGUCAAUUCUUCCGAGAUAGUCCAAAAUGAUAAAACGGCAAACAGUAUUGUGCAGAUAUGUAUUUGUAGGUGACAAAAGUUUAGACAGAAUUCAGAUAUAAAAUCACAAAGUAAAUAUUAUACACAAUAUCAAAGUAAAAAUCUUAACAUACAGUGAAAACAUUAUUUAAUUACAUAAGGGUGUCAAAAAAUGUUUGCAAAAAUAUCGUCCUGAUUCAAAAUCUUUUGAUAGCAUUUGUCUAUUACCACUUGUUUUGAUGAUAUUGUGUAUGAAAGUUUAAAAAUUAUUCAAUUUUGAGUGAAUUCAACCAUGAUGAACCAACUGCCGAAAACAAAAAUUUUCAAAAUGCACGAAUCAAAAAAAAAAUAAUAAAACGAUUUAUGUUUGUAACUAUGUUUAUGAUUCUUUAAUUUGAAGUACUCAUUCAUAGUUUUCGUAUUAAAUUGUAACUUUAGAAAAGUGGUCCUUAACCUAAAGGGUGGCUGAAAUUUUUAUAAUCAAACCUUAAGAAACGAAACAUGGAACUUUCUAUCAGCGAUGGUUAAAAUCUUUGAAUUUGUUUAAGAGUCUGGUUGAUUUGAGCAUAAAAUAAGUUCUUAGGGUAGCCUUUAAUUUCUUAAAAAAAACUUAUUCUAUACUCAAAUCAAACAAGCCAAAUCUCUCAAACUCUUUUGCAAAUUCCAAGAUUCUAAUCUUUGAUAAAAAAAAAAAUAAAAAAUUUCAUAUAAAAAAAAGUAAGCGAUAAAAAUUUUCGGAUCAAAUUUGCUUGAUGUAAACUUGAACCAAAUUAUGAUUUUAGUUUGAAAUUCAAAAAACUAUAAUAUAAUUAAUGUUAAAAAAUACACCGAGAAAAUAUAGAAUUUUGUACAGAUUUUUCCGGUGAAGAUCAGGUACAUUUUUUUAAUAGCAAAUAUUUUUCAUAAAUAAUAAAUUCCAUAAUAAUAAGCCUGUGGAGGAUUUAUUUUAAAUAAAAUUUGGGAUUUUUUUUAUGAAGCAAAACUUAGAAAAUUAACUCAUAUUCCACUUUAUAUUUUUGAUUUUCACCUGAAUUGUGUGUAUAAACUAAUUUUGAUUAAAAAUUUGAAAUCUGGAAAUUGAAUUGACAAGCAAAUUUUUAAGUUCAUGUUCUCAACAAUUUUAUGUUGUUUGAAAAACUCAUUUACAAGCUAAAUCUUUUUCUGAAUUUUUUUAUCUGCAUUCUGAAUCUGAAUUCUGUUAAUUCAAGAAUUGAACUUCGAAUCUGUUUCCGAAUAUCUAUACGUUUUCUGAAAUGUACAAAAAUACGAUUUCCGAAUCUUAAGUCCAGAUCAGAAUUUUAAGAGCCAUGUUUUAGAACCAUGUUUUAGAGCCAUGUAACCAUCAUCAAAAUAUUGAAUAUGCAUAUGAUUUGAGAAUAAUAUGAUUCAAAUUUGAUAUGAAAUUCAAAACCAAAUUUGAACAAGGAUUUCAAAGCAGCUUUUCAUUUCUGAUUUCUAACCUUCAUUAAUAUUCAGACCUAAAUUUCUAUGAAUAAGUGAGAAAUUUUUGAAAAAGUGUAGCAGAAUUUUUAACUUGGGAUGCGUUUUUGAGGUUUUGGCAUAAGUUUUUAGUCUAGAAUUUUACUCUUGAAUAACUUUACUCUAUUAUCAUAAUUUGAUUAUGAACACAAAAUUUUGAGCGAAAAAUAGAAUAGCUCGCUUCCUUUUUUGGACCCUCAUGGGGGGGGUUCGUUCCUACGGCCAUGUCUAAUGUCGAUUUCGAGAAAGAUUCAUCUCGAACGGCAUUAAGAAAUAAGCUUUUGAUUCGUCAAAAAUCACCAUAACAGUUCAACAAUUAACCAUAAACCAAAAAAAACAUGAACAGCCGCGAUCUACAUUUUAGAAUGAAUUUUAAGAUACUGGCAAUGGUUUCUGAAUGUUUUUUUUUUUUUUUCAAAACAAUGAUAAAAUCGAAACGAAAAAAAAGUGAUCAAAUCGAGCGUGAGUUUGACGAGUAAAUAUUGAAAAAAUCGAACAGUGAUCAAAUUGAAAAACUACUUUACUCUGUUGUGGUAUGAGCCUACUUGGUUGAAUGAUUCAACUGAAUCAAAGCAAUCGAAAGAUUCCUUUUAAUUCACCGUGGUUGAAUUAAAAGGAAUCUUCCGAUUGCUUUGAUUUAGUUGAAAAACUACUGUAUUUAAGAUUUGUUAAAGUUUAAAAUUUCACCAAAAUCCCCGUAUUUUACAGAACGUAAAAAAAAAGAAUGCAAUAUCACAUGAAUGACAAAAAUGAUAAAAAUUAUACGUCAAUUUUAUCUUUGUAAUUUUUGCGAUUGAAGCAUUUUUAUCAUUUUUGACGAUUUUGUGACACUAUUGACCAGGGGUGUCCUGAUUUUUCAGAAUUUGUCAUGAUUUUUCAGAAUUUGUCCUGAUUUUUGAGAGGCCGUCCUGAUUUUUCAAAAUCGCUUGAAUUGUCCUGAUUUUUGAAAAAUUACCUAUAAAAUGUCCCGAUUCGUCCUGAUUUUUAAAAAUAUCUAAACUAUUACUAAAUUUAUUGCUUUAUGGUGAGAAAAUCAAACAAAUCUUUUAUAAAAUAGUUAAACCAGUUAAAACGAUGUUAAUGUUUAGUUCAAAUGAUAUUUUAAUAGUGUUAUUCGAUAUUAACUUCAGGCCAUCCAAGGUUCCUCUCGCUUUAGUUGCUUAGUUUAAGGCGUCUUCAGCCCCUGUAUUUCGCCUUUAGUUAUGCAAUCUAAGCAGAGCUGCAUGGUAUUUUCAUCAAUUAAGUAAUGUCCUGAAAAAUCCUGAUUUUUUUCAUCGCGGUGCCCUGAUUUUUGUAAAAACCACCUAAUAGCAGGGUUGCCAGGUGGUUUUUACAAAAAUCAGGGCACCAAGGUGUGUAUAUAUAGGAGAUGUUACCAUUUAUCAAAUUCCCGAUUCAGCCAUUUUGGCUAUUUAGUCUAUGCAACUGCGGAACUCAUGGAGUUUGUUUACCAACAAACCACAGAAAAGCUGAGCAAAUAAUCUUAUGUUUGUAAACAAACUCAUUGAAAACCCCGCUCACUCCUCGCCUACCUUCUGUCAAAGUCGGAGAACCUCGUGUUUCAAAAAACCAUGCUAUUGACAAAAUGACAUUUUUGACAUUUGAGACAUUUCUGAAGUUUGUGACAUUCUGAUUGAUAUAUAUUUAUCAUAUUUUUGUAAAGUUUCGCAGCGCUUAUGCCUAAUUUCACCAGCAGAACCGGUAUGAAAUUGCCUGGAGAAGUUAAAUUUAUUACGGAAAUCUUGCGUUAAUAUACUUAAAAUCUAGUGCAAUGUUGAAUUUAAGUCUUAGAAAAUCUGAAAAAUUGGAAAUUGGUGAAACGUUCGAAAAACAGCUAACUUUUAAAAUUCGUCUGAAAUUUUGUGUUUCGUGUUUGGCAAUCUAAGACGCGAAAAUGUGCCGAAUUACUUCAACUUCCUUUUUUCAAUAUUUAUUUGGUGUGACUUAAACAAUUUUGAAGGUUCAUCGAUUGAUUUACACCACUUUUUUCAUUUCAGGUCAGGAUAUUAAUAAGUUUUAAAAAAACAUCUUUGUAGGCAACGUAUAGCUUCUAAAUUAAGGUUGCCAGAUUGCCCAAUUUUAUUCGAGUUUGCCCGGAUAUUCAAUAUAAAAUUUUGGAAACGUUUGAUCCGGCCCAGUGGCCCGGAUUUCAUUAAAAAAAGUCCGGUUUGCCGGAUUUAUUCUCAUUCUUAUUCUCAAAUCAAACUUAAAAACAAGUGUGUUGUAAAAUGUUUUUAUUGUUGUGUCCAAAACUUUUGUUUUGUGCAAGGUUCAUAAAAAUAAUUAUGACAGGUUUUUUGAAAGCCUUAAAAUAUGAUUUGAAAUCUGCUGAUGAAUUUUGAUGAAAAGAAAAUUGAAGUUUUUUAUCUUGACCAAAUCUGCCGGGUUAUUGCCCAGCUUUGGUCAACAAUUUUUAAAAUAAAAUGCCCGGAUUUCGCGAGAAUUUUGAAUAAAUGAUGGGUCUUAUAACCUGGCUCACUGAUUUUUAUAGGUCCAGAAGAGAAUUUUAAGAUUGCAUCCGAUGUAGGAACAAACGGAAAGGACCAAAAGUCUAAAUGUCAUUGUUAGACGCCUAAUUUUCCUUUUUUUGUUUUUAACUGUUUUUGAAGCAUCAGAAUAGAGAUCAAGAUUUUAUUUAUCACUAACCGUAAAUGCAAAAAAAAAAGCAAAAACUAAAAUCAAACAAAAAGGUGUAUAUAUUUUUGAAUCAAUCGAACACAAAUACAGCAAAAUUAAAGUUUAUUAUUUACAAAAAAGUAGUUUUUAGACAGCCUCUGUGUUGUCAGCACACAACGUAACUCUCAUCAAAUUUGACAUUCUAAACACUCGCAACACUAUUUUGCCCUGUUUGAAAAUUAAUCUGUUGAAAUUUUCUAAAUCUGGUUAGAACUAAUCAACCAUUUUGAAAAAUGUUUACAGCUCUGCGCCUUAAAACAUAAAAAUAUGGGAAAAAUCACCUCAAUUCUUUCAUAUUUAUUUGAAUCGGAAACCAAAAUUUUAAUGUAUCUGAAAAGUAAAUUUUAUGUAUUGUAUAUCUCAUAAGAUUCCAGAUUGCCUGGUUUACCAGGGGCUUGUCCAGAUUUUCAAAGAAAAAAUUGGAAGAUGCCAAAAACUAAGGUUGACCAGAUAUCGAGGAAAAUGGCCCGGUCUUUUUCCAGAAUUAUUCACAAUUUUUACGAAAUUCCAAAUUUUCAUCUUGGUUUAGCGAACUAAAUUCGCAUGCAAUUUUUUGAAAUUGUGAGAUAAGUUUUGAACGCCGCUGAUGUGCCUAUGUAAAAAUCAUUUUCGUGUGUCUUUUUUUAGUUUUUCUCUUGCCUUUUUAUGGAAAAUAUCUAAGUUUUGGCUAGAUUUACCCAGAUAUUGCCUGGUUUUGAGUUUAAAAUUUUAAAAUCCAAUGCCCGGAUUCGUCGGCCUGGAUACGUUCAGAAAAAUUCUGGAAAACCUUCUCAUUAAAUAACGGGUUAAAAAGGUGAAGAGAUACAUGAAAUUCAAAUACAAAAUUCCAAAACCAAGAAUUAAGUUUAACAAAUUAAAUUCGGACAGCUUUUCAAACUCGAAUCAGCAUUGAAAAAUAAAGACAUUUUCACGAGGGUUAUUACGAGGUUAAUCCCUCUAAAAAUAAACGAUACAAAAAAAACUGAAUUUUUCAAUUCUGAAAAUCUAUUUGAAAACUAAAUCACAUGCUAAAUACUUAGUUGACUUAGUAACUUAGUUGACCUUUAUACCCCAAGGCAGUUUUUUUUAUAAAUAAAUUAUCUGUAUUGAAAAAAGAAAUGCAAACCUUUAAGUCUUAGAACCAAACCACAAGGACCUAAGUUUUGAACGAAGUUUCAGUAACGGUAAUAUUUUUCUCAAUUUCGAUUAAGAGUAUAUCACCGUACCGUAUUUUUAUUAAUUUUAUUUUUGAAACUUUUAAAGUGUCCUUAAACUGAUUUGUCAGUUAAAAUGAAAUGUUUCUUUAUAAUUUAUCACGAAUUUCCUAUGAAAGCUACAAAAUCACAUUAUUACAAAGUUAUACAAGCAGCGGCAGGUUUAGCAAGCCUUGAUGAGUAAUAUGUAUUGAAUUUCAUUUUUCAUUCAGUUGGACGUACAAUACUGAAGAAUCACAUGUGACCUAAAAUGAGAUUUUUUAAUUUUCCAGCUGCAUAAAAUUCUGAAGACACGUUCGAUUUAUGCCAUGAAUUUUGAAAAGUCUAUCAGUUGUUAGGAGCAUAAUUUUUGAAGAUUGAAAUUAUCGACUACAUAAAUUUUAGUUGAAUUUCACCUCAUACUUCUGGAUUUUGGAAAGGAUAAGCUUAAUCCGGGGAAUGAUUUAAAAAAAGCUUGAUAAUUGUAAGAAAAUUUAUUUCCCUUUACUUUCUCAUUUUAAUAGCUUUUCUUUGCCGAAAAAGUUAUAAUUAAUCUGCUUUCGUAAAUAUGUUCAAAAUUUCACUUUAACAUAAUGCAAAGUAUUCAUUUAAGGUUAAUGUGGAUUUUAAACUUUUUUGACUCUAUAUUUGCCAACGUAUCAAAUUUUAAAAAAGAUGACAAACCAGAUGAAAAUUUAUGUACUUAAUGGUAAUCAGAAACAGAUAGAAAAGAACAAUCCAAGAGUUUGAAAAAAACUCUAAUGGGGUUAAAAUUAUAUUCUUAAACGUAAUGUUCAUUGAUCAUUCUUAUAUUUUGAUUUUUUUUAUUUAAAACAGAUAGAUACAAUUAAUCUAUAAUGUGGCCCUUUCAAACUCUGAAAUUUCGAAAAUUUGAAGUUUUUGGCUCUUCUGACUCAAAAGGUUGCCGACCACUGCCCUAGCCUAUAGGCUAUAGUCCAACCGAAAUUUAUUUAUAAAAGAAAUUUUGAACAGGUUUGAUUUUUGGCAUGGCCAUUAGACUGAGUCGAUUAAGGGUCAUUUUCGAAUUUCUCAAACCCUCGGGUCAAAAAACCUUCGUUUUGGUUCAAAACACAUCCAUGAUUUUUUGCAGAAUUUUUAAGUAACGUUUACAUGAGUAAAUUUGAACUGUUAUGUUUUUAUGGGAAAAUUGAAUAUUUUGUACUGAAAAAUCAAUAUCGUUUUUGUUUCAUCUAUUGAACCGAGCCUUCUGAUGGUUCUUGUGCCAAUUUAUAAGUUCUCCAAAGGAAAUUUCCCGCUGAACAACUCGAAGACAAAGACCGUAACUUUGUAUCUUAUUAGAUAAAAAAAGUUAUUAGUUGUUUAAUAGGGGUAUGUCUUUUAGCAUUGAAAAACUAUAAACUCCAUUGACGUCACUGCUGGGUGCUUAGCGAGAUAUUGCAUGACUACUUUGCAUGAAACCUUCGCGAGGCACCAGCAGUGAUAAAUUGAAUUUAUAGUCAAUCAAUGCUAAAAGACAUACCCCUUUUAAACAACUAAUAGAUUUUUUGUCUUAUAAGAUACGAAGUUACGAUCUUGGACAAAGUUGUUCAGCGAAAAAUUUCCUUGGAAAAAUUUAUCUAUUUGCACCAAAACCAUCAGCAGGCUCGGUUCCACAGAUGAAACAAAAAUGGUAUUGAUUUUUUAGUACAAAAUAUUCAAUUUUCCUAUACAAACAUAAAAGUUUAAAUUAACUCAUCAAAGCGUUACUUAAAAAUUCUGCAAAAAAUCAUGGCUGAGUUUUGAACCCAAACGAAGCCCCAGGGUUUGAGAAAUUCAAAAACGACCCCAAAUCGACUUAGACUAAUGGUCAUAUUUUUGCUGCCACCCUAAUGAAAAUACUUCGACUAAAUUUGAUUUUAAGUGUAAUAUUCUUAUUAUGUGAAAGCUGUUCUUUGUAUUUCUAAUCUAUAGCGUAAUGUUGUUAUAUCCUCCUGCACAAUACUGUUUAAACGUUUCCACAUACCGAGGAAUCCCAUUUAGAAUUGUUUUUUAUUUCCCCUCACUAGUUUCGUCGGACUGUUUAAAGCAAACCGUCAUUGUCAUUUUCCAUCAGAAAGAAAACCCACAAAGCUGGUGUGGAGAAAACUUAGAUUAAAAUAUUAAUUAACUUAAAGCAAAUACGAGAGCAGCAAAAUGUAUGUUGCCUAACCAUCAAACAAUUUGAACGAAACUUGUACAGAUCCAAAAUAGGCAAACUUCCAUUCAGAAUUUAUUAUUUUAAACAUCCAAUUACAAAUGGCAAGUGAGAUUUAAGAACUUCGAACAUUGUAUAGUUUUCACAUGUACAUACAAUAACAUUACAGCCCUUUUCAUACAAUAUUAGCAAUAGAUAGAGCAGUCUCAUUAUUGUUGUCCAUAACUUAUAAUCAAUAACAAUUGCUUUGUACCUUUACAGAAGAUAUAUGUAUCAAAUGAAUACUCAACAAAAUGUGAGAAAUGUUGAUUGACACACUAAUCAGCGACAGAUAAGUAGAAAAUCAACUAAUUUAUAGCCUAACCACGUGACUUCAACUACAUAUUUGUACUUCGAUUAGACAGUUAUAAACAGACAGACACUGUGUGAGAGUGAGACGUGUUUAGAACCUACUUCUUGUGACUCAACGAAACGGUUUAGCUAGGCAUAUUCUUAAUUAAAUGUAUGUUAUUAUAGAAAAAAAAAACAAUUAUGUUCAAUGUAAACAGUGGAUAGAAAUAAAGAAAAAACAACUUAGUGUUAA